AUGGCGGAGAAACCGCGCUCGUCUGGCGCGGACUCGAUCGCCUCUCCCGUUACCAUGGGCGACUUGGAGAAGCAUCCGCACACCCCUCCGGGCGAUAGCCAUGCGCCAUAUCUCGACCCUUCCGUCAUGGAGGAAGACUACGAGGGCAAGCCAACAGAGGAGGAGUUGAGUGUUUUGCGUCGUGUGCCUGGUUCGAUCCCAGUUAUCGCCUACCUCAUCUGCGUAGUCGAGUUCUGCGAGCGAGCCUCGUACUACGGAGUGCAACCCUUGAUUAGCAACUAUGUCAACCGACCAUUCCCUACCGAUGGAAAUGGCUGGGGCGCCCCGCGCGCCGGCAGCCAGGAUACCGCUGGCGCUCUCGGUAUGGGAACUGUCGUCGCCAAUGCUGUGACGCAGUCCUUCAGCAUGCUUGCUUACGCCUUGCCUCUACUGUUCGGUUGGAUGGCCGACGCGAAGACGGGCCGCUUUAAGCUCAUUUGCUGGGGUGUUGGCGUGUUCGGUGUUGCCCACGUUCUCAUGGUCGCCGCCGGCUCCAAGGAUCUUUUGGCCAACGGAACUGCCAAAGCUCCAUACUUCCUCUCAGUCUACAUCCUCUCCAUAGGUGCCGCUAUGUUCAAGCCGAACGUCUCACCCCUCCUGCUCGACCAGGUCACAACCACCGUGCCCAAGGUGAUCACGCUCAAAACAGGCGAGCGGGUUAUUGAAGACCCCGAGUCCACCACGGAACGCGUGAUGCUGUGGUUCUACCUCAUGAUCAACAUUGGUGGUUUCAUGGGUGUGGCUACGGCGUACUCGGAGAAAUAUGUCGGCUGGUGGCUCGCCUUCGUGAUCCCCCUCAUCCUCUACCUCCCCCUUCCGCUGCUGCUCUGGUUCCUGCACAAGCGCAUUGUCCUCCACCCCCCUGGCGGCAGUGAUCUUCCCAACGUUUUUAGAAUACUCGGCAUUUGCUUCCGCCGUGGAGGUGUCAAGAGGAUUGGCCGCCAUGGCUUCUGGGAUCUCGCUAAGCCCUCGAACAUUGCGGCCGCAGGUCUUGCCGGCACUUACUCAACACCGUGGAACGACCAAUUUGUCGAGGACGUCCGCCGAACCUUCCAAGCAACGGGCAUUUUCUGCUUCUUCCCGAUCCAGUAUCUCAACGACAAUGGUAUCGGUGCCGCAGCCAGCUUCCUGUCCACGAUGCUUGAGACCAACGGUGUCCCCAACGAUGUCAUUUCCAACUUCAACUCACUCAGCAUCAUCGCAUUCGCGCCUGUUCUGAACUACGGCCUGUACCCGACCCUACGAAAGUUCAAUGUCCACUACGGUCCCAUCGCGCGCAUCACCACCGGCCUAACCAUGUCUACACUUGGAGGCGUCGGUUACACCCUUCUGAAUUAUUAUGCGUACAAGGAGUCACCGUGUGGAGAGUACGGUUCAACCGACUGCAAGGUGGGCACUGGCGUUGCCCCCAUCAGCAUUUGGUGGAUGGCUCUUCCUUACGCCAUCGGUGGCAUCUCGGAGCUCUUCGUCAACGUCCCCGCAUACGGCUUGGCUUACUCCCGUGCACCCGUCAACAUGCGUGGUCUUGUAUCGGCCCUCAACUUGUUCAACACGGCCGUUGCCUACAUUAUCGGCCUGGCCUGUUCGUCUGUCAUCACAGACCCGCAUUUGACAUGGGACUUUGGUGGCACCGCCAUCGCAGGCGGCAUCAUGACCAUCAUUUUCUACUUCACCUUCCGGCACAUUGACGAUGAGGAGUAUGUCCUAAGCACGAACAAGCCGGACACGGAUUACCACCUAGAAUUGGAAGGCACCCGUAAUGUUGUUGGCGAGAACCAGUUCAACAAGAGCAUCAACCGGCCGGCGCCGAUCGCGGAGAACGAGGAAAUGAUGAUGUCGCCGAAACAGUAA